UUUUUUUAAAUUACCAUGGAUACGGCGGAGUUCAAAAAGCGAGGCCGUGAGAUGGUUGACUAUAUUGCUGAAUAUGCUGAGACACUUUCCCAAAGACGGGUGACACCCAACAUUGAACCUGGUUAUCUUCGCCAUCUUCUCCCUUACAACGCCCCUCACAAGGGAGAAGAAUGGGAAGACAUUAUGAAGGAUGUGGAGCGCUUUAUCAUGCCCGGGGUCACCCACUGGCAACACCCUCGUUUCCAUGCCUACUUCCCUGCAGGAAAUUCUUAUCCUUCCAUCUUAGCAGACAUGCUAUCAGAUGCCAUUGGCUGUGUAGGAUUUUCAUGGGCAGCAAGUCCAGCUUGUACAGAAUUGGAAAUUAUAAUGUUAGACUGGUUAGGAAAAAUGAUUGGGCUACCACACGACUUUCUGUGUUUAUCAGACCAUGGCACAGGUGGUGGAGUUAUUCAGGGUUCGGCAAGUGAAUGUGUUUUGGUUUCCCUUCUUGCUGCUCGCCACGCCACCAUCCGGGCUCUAAAACAACAACAUCCCUUUGUAGAAGAAGGAGUACUAUUAUCGAAACUAAUGGCGUAUUGUUCUAAAGAGGCUCACUCUUCUAUGGAAAAAGCAGCAAUGAUUGGUUUUGUCAAACUACGUAUCCUGGAAACUGAUGACCGUUUUCAGCUACGAGGAACGACGUUAGCUAAAGCCAUGGAGGAAGAUCGAGCCAUGGGAUUAAUCCCUUUUUUCGUUAUGGCCACUUUGGGAACAACAUCUUGCUGCUCCUUCGAUCCUCUGUACGAAAUUGGCCCAGUUUGUCAAAAAGAUGGGAUUUGGCUGCACGUGGAUGCUGCAUAUGCUGGAAGUGCUUUUAUAUGUCCUGAAUUCCAGUAUUUAAUGAGAGGAAUUGAAUACGCCUCGUCGUUCAACAUGAAUCCAAAUAAGUGGAUGCUGUUGAACUUCGAUUGUUCAACAAUGUGGGUUAAAGAUCGAUUCAAACUUACUCAAGCUCUCGUGGUUGAUCCGUUGUACCUGCAGCACAGCUUUUCUGAUAAAGCUAUUGAUUAUAGACAUUGGGGAAUUCCUCUCAGUCGCCGUUUCCGGGCUCUUAAACUUUGGUUCGUCAUUCGCAAGUAUGGAGUAGAGGGUCUGCAGAAAUACAUUCGUGACCAUGUUCGACUUGCUAAGAAAUUUGAAAAUUUGAUAAGGAAGGACGACAGAUUCGAGGUUGUAAACAACGUUCAUCUAGGAUUAGUUUGUUUUCGUCUGAAGGGCUCUAACAACUUGAACCAAAAGCUGUUAUCGUCUAUUAAUGCAUCUGGAAAGCUACACAUGGUACCAGCAUCACUGAACGACCGUUACGUCAUCAGGUUCUGCGUAUGCGCACAGCAGGCAACUGAUGAUGACAUUUCACAUGCAUGGGAAGUCAUCACACAAUUUACAUCAGACUUGUACGAGAUCAUGAAAAUGGACAACAAAGAGAAAAACAAGCGACAGGAGGAAGAAGAUGAAGACAACAAGGAAAAUACAGACGAGUCUGUGGACGAAGUCUUCAUGCUAGACCGAAAGAAACGUCAAUCUCUUAGGUACAAGCGCAGUUUCUUCGUUCGGAUGGUGUCUGAUCCCAAGCUGUAUAAUCCUAAGAUCGUGAGAUCCCAGUCAUCAACGGGAUCUCGACGUCACACCAGUGAUCCAGUUGAUGAUACUGGCGUUGUAACUCCCGUUUAGUUGGACAUUAGUUGCUUAUUACACCCGUGAAUUGAAAGUAUGUUAACAACCGCUGGGGUGUUAGGUUUAUUUUAUUUUUUUUGCGCGGAAGAACAGAUUCAGCUGAUGAGUAAUUAGGGUUUGGUUCCUGAAUGCGGAAGUAAAUUCAUGACUUUAUUUGCAACAAAAUUUGUUGGUUUUGGUCUUUCAAAUAACUCUAAUACAUUACUUGACGUUUCCUAGUUAAUAUCUGUUAUCUUAAAGAGGAUUAUUGUAAAGUUAGCUAUCUUCUAGACACGUAUAAUUUACCAAACACACACAUAUAUAUAUAUAACCUAACCAUGUUACACGGCUGGUAUAAUUAUAGUGACUUUGGCCAAAUACACUUGGAGAAUGAAUUUUUCCCCACGUUUGCUUCUAAUAAAACUCCCAAUAUUUUAACAUGAUUUAAUCUAACGUAAGUGUAGUGGUGGUCCUUAUUCUUAAAUGAGUAAUAAUAAUAUUCAGUAUAAAAUAAUUACAUUUUGUCCUCGGGCCAGAACUAUGUUAUUAAUUAAUAAUCAUAUUGUUCUUCGUGUUGUGUGGUUAUUCUGGCACCUGUUUACUGUCAGGCAAUAAAAUGAAUGUACAUUCCCCA